AUGCCUCUCCUACGGACAGUAGAGGUGAACGAAGAUACACGGAUCCUUGGCUUUGAUCCGUUGAUGCCUCCCGAUUAUCUCCAGCAACAGAUUCCUGCCGCAUCUACGUCCCUGAACACCGUGCGGUCCAGUCGCAAACAGAUCAUCGAUGUCCUCGAGCGACGGGAUGACCGUCUGCUCGUGGUAGUGGGGCCGUGUUCGAUCCACGAUACCCAAGCAGCAUUGGAGUUCGCUUCGCGGCUGCACAAACUUUCCAAGAGACUCUCGUCCAAUCUCUGCAUCGUGAUGCGAGCGUAUCUGGAGAAGCCACGCACCACGGUGGGCUGGAAGGGUCUCAUCAAUGAUCCCGACCUCGACGGGUCGUACAAGAUCAACAAGGGACUCAUGAUCUCCCGCCAACUUUACUCGGAUCUCACUGCCAUGGGCGUGCCGAUCGCCAGUGAAAUGCUGGAUACGAUUUCCCCACAGUAUCUGGCGGACUUUAUCUCCCUCGGAGCGAUCGGGGCCCGGACCACCGAAUCGCAGUUACACCGGGAGCUAGCGUCGGGCCUAAGCUUCCCCAUCGGAUAUAAAAAUGGCACCUCCGGGAGCAUUGGCGUUGCCAUCGAUGCGCUCCAGGCCGCGUCAAGUCCCCAUAACUUCCUCGGGGUCACAAAACAGGGGAUGGCAGCCGUCACGAGAACCGCGGGAAAUGAGCAUGGGUUUAUUAUCCUACGGGGUAGCUCCCAGGGUCCGAACUAUGACAAAGAGCACAUCGGCCGCGCGAAGCAAGAGCUCCAGUCAAAAGGGGAGCGAGAGAACAUAAUGGUCGACUGCUCCCAUGCCAACUCGCAGAAGAAUUAUCGAAACCAGGCUAUUGCCGCUCAGAAUGUGGCUGGCCAGAUCGCCAGUGGGGAGACCGCGAUCAUUGGCGUGAUGAUUGAGAGCAAUCUCAACGAGGGCAAUCAGAAACUACCUCCGAAGGGUCCGGAGGGGCUUCUACCGGGAAUUAGUAUUACUGAUGCUUGUAUCAACUGGGAAACAACGGUUGAGAUCCUUGAGAUGUUGGCAAAUGCUGUCCAGCAUCGACGCUUGGGAGAGGAGACGAUGGCUAACGACUGUCUUGAAAAUGUUGGCGUGCGGCUCGACAAUCAGGGCACUCUUUUGUCGACUUAG